AUGCCAACUAAACAAUCAAUGAAUGCUGAUCAUCAAAGUUCAAUAUCUACAAUUGAUCAACAAAUUCAGAAGAAAAUAAAUGAUCCACCAAACCGAAAUAAUACAGAUAUAAAUAAACACAAUAUGACUAUUAAAACAACGAGUUGGACAGAACGAAUUAAAAAUUAUUUCAUUACUAAUGAUGGUCGAAUAGCAUUAGCUGAUUUUAUUUUUACAUUAUUAUGUGUUAUUAUUCAACAUAUUAUGGGUACAUGUGAACAUUCUGUAAGUAAUGGUAGUACAGUUAUUAAAUGGUAUGUUUUUACUCCUCCAUUUGGAGCUGGCCCUCAUACAGCUGUUUACUUUUUUGUUCUUUCAUGGACAACCUUAGUUUAUUCUAUUGAACGUAUUUGGGUUUAUUUAAUAACGGAUGUACGUACAUCGAAAAAACGUGAUCUUAUUGUACAUGGAAUUAUUGUUAUUUUAUAUGUUAUUGCCUGUGGUUUUAAUAUUUGGGGUUAUAUUCUAUGUGAAAGUACAAGUCAAGUAAAUGCAUCGAAAAUAUUUGCACCAGGUGUUUGUCGAGGAGAUAGUCAGGCAUGUAUUCCACUUAUUGCUGGUAUUUUAACAUCAUUUGCAGCUGCUUGUGCAUUUUUUUCUGAACAUAUAAUUGCUUUAAUGAAAUUAUUAAGAAAUCGUCAAGAAUCGAAUAGCUCAAUAUCAAAUCGAAUUUUACUUUAA